GAUAGAGAGCUUCCCUCUACAACGUGCACUUCUACAGUCGGCAACGCCCUAGCACUGAGUACAAACCCGCCUAUUGCUACAUCCUACCCAACCAUUCCAACUAUCAUGCCUGCCGAAAAGCGCAACGCCUUCCUCGACGUGGACGAUAGCGAAGACGACAAUGGUAGCUAUGAAUCUGAAACGGAACUGCAGAAGGGCGGCCGCAGCUCGAAACGGCAACGGCUAGAGCAAGACGAUAUCAGCGACGGCGAUGGUUUCGAGGAUCUCAGUGAAGAGGAGGAGGACUCGAAGGAAGCGGAUACUGAGAUUGAGGAGAAGGUGAAGCCAAAAAACGGAAAUCCAAACGACAAAUCUUCGGUAGAAGAUGCACCAACCGAGCUGCCAGGAGUAUCGAAGCCGUUGACCAAGAAGAAUUUGGUCGCCACAGAAGCGGCAGUGAAGAAGUCCGGAGUUGUGUACCUCAGCCGUAUACCACCCUUCAUGAAACCUCAGAAACUGCGAUCAUUACUAGAGCCAUACGGGACCAUCAACCGCAUCUUCUUGACCCCAGAGGACCCCAAAGCGCAUUCGCAGCGAGUUCACAAUGGAGGAAACAAGAAGCGUUCAUACACGGACGGCUGGGUAGAGUUUGUCAACAAGCGAGAUGCCAAAAAGGCGGUUGACCUCCUCAACGCGCGGACAAUCGGCGGCAAGAAAGGGACUUUCUACCGCGACGACAUUUGGAAUCUGCUCUACCUAAAGGGCUUCAAAUGGAACGACUUAACGGCACAAAUAUCUGCAGAGGCAGCCGAGAAGAUGAGUAGGAUGAGAGCUGAAAUCAGCAAGACCAACAAGGAGAACAAGGACUUCGUGCGGAACGUCGAGAAGGCCAAGAUGUUGGAUGGCAUUCAGUCCAAAGCAGCGGCGAAGAAGAAGAAUAAAGGUGGCAAUGUUUCAAGCCAGACAAAGAGCUUGCGACAAUUCGAGCAGUCUGCGGUGGCCAAAAAGGGGAUUGAGCAAUUGCCUGAAGAUGCUGAGCGCGUCUCACGCAUGUUGUUUGCCUAAAUAAGUUUUCCAACGUAAUGAUACCCGAAUUCAACGAAGACAUUGGCAGAACUCCCGCAUAAAUACAUGACAAGCAGGCUGCAUACAAGACCUAGAGCAUCUGGUAAUCUUUCAAGGAUAGAAUUAUGAUGAAUGGGCAUGUACAAGUGGCCAACAAGGAAUCGCCUCCUGGAUCAAGGAGAAUUUAUCGAUCGG